AUGACAACUUCACAGUUUGUUCGUAUUUGGAGACAUCUAGCCCAGCAGCCUGAUCACUCUUCCCGUCUCCAUUAUAAUCGAUUUCAAUUACUUUCUUCUCAAAACCCUCUAUUAUUUCGGCAGAUUUUUGAUUCUGGUUUAGGUGUCUCACUUUUCUCCGAAUUGAUCGAAGCUUUAUAUUGGUCUUCUGAUCAGCUCUUUUCAUCUGAAUUGUUCAAAGAUGGAGUGGCUAGCCUUCCUCGCAAAGAAGUAUUCCUUAUUAUCUACAAUAUUCUACUAGCGAUAGUUCAGUCGAAACAGGUCUCGAUUGCACUUGACUGUUUGACUCUAAGUGAAUCUGAACUACUUCGAAAACUUUUCCAUGUGCUUUCUACAUCUCUUUCUAAGGAUCCUGAGCUGAAGUCCUUUACUGAAAUAGCUUGCAAAAUUAGUUUGGAUGAAUUGCAGACCAAAUUCACAAAGGUCUGA